UUACCAAACAACACAACAAAAGACAAACAAAUUAAAAACAAGAAGAGAUGAGAUCCGCAUCAUCGUCAUCGAACAUAAACAAUGUUCUCGCCAUCUUCGCCGUCGUGUGUUUACUCACGACGUCGUUCGCUGUCGCAGCCCACGGCCAGGCUGAAGAUCAACAGGACCCGCCACAAGAACAAAAGCCAGCCAAGGCUCCUGGAUCUGGCAGCACUCCUAAGGCGUGGCUGGACGCACACAACGAGGCCCGGGCCGAGGUGGGCGUGCCACCGUUGGUGUGGAAUGAGAGCCUGGUGGAAUACGCUCAGAAAUAUGCGGAUUCGAGGUACGAGAAGUGCGAGUUCGAGCACUCGAUGGGGCCAUACGGCGAGAACUUGGCGAUGAAUUACGAGGAAAUGGAAGGGUCGGAUGCUGUCAAGUUCUGGUGCACUGAGAAGGCGGACUACGACCACGCCACCAACACUUGCCGGACCGGUGAGUGGGAGUGUGGACACUACACGCAAGUGGUGGCUCGCAAGACCAUAUCUGUUGGGUGUGCCAAGGCUAAGUGCAGGAACAAUUGGAUGUUCGUGAUUUGUAGCUAUUACCCUGUGGGUAACAUUGAAGGAGAAAAGCCUUACUGAUCAUACGUGUAUUUCUUAAACAAGCUUAAUUAUGCUUCUUUCUGAAGCUGUGCUUCGUAAAUAAAAAGAAGACAGCUCGAGAGUGCGCACGCUUGUAAAAUAAUAACGUAACCAGGAUCGUGUGUUGGAUUAGUUUGUCUUUAUUUUCAUCAACAAUUCAUUUAUAUAUGCCGUGUCCGUUAUUAGACU